GAAUAAUGAUGCAAACGGUAACGUCAUCACGCAACAUAACCGGCAGACGCCGAAUGAUGACGAAAACGGAAGACAUACGGGACGCCGAAAAAGGGCGCUAAAAUUUGAAGACAUAAAAGGAAAAAAAUUGGAGAUGAGAAACAGACCACUUGAGAAAGGCUGUGA